GCGCUCGGCCUGCUCCACUGUGUAUUCGUGAGGGGGGAAGCAGUUAGCUGUCUCAGAUCGUGUCGUGUUGGAGGUUUUUUUUUUUGCAUGUAAACAAAACAGACCGAGAAACGCUUGAUAGCUUAACGCUAGCUGUCCAAGUGGGUUUUUCAGACGUGUUUUAUGUAGAUGCGCUCGCAUUGGUACGACCGCACAACACACAUCUCCAUCAAAUGUCAGAAGUUAGUUAACAGUUGACUGGUUAAUUAAUUGCCUAGAGGAAUUAUGCAAAGCUAUGAUAUGUAAUAUAAUAUAAUAAGCUAAUUUCAGCUAAGCUAUGAUAUUCUAUAAUAUGAUACGCACAUAGGCCUUGCACUGAAGUUGAGCGUCUAAACGCGACUUUAUAUCGAACUGGUCACAUUAGCGCCAGGCCCGCACUUCCAGGGCCGUUUCGGAUGAGGAAGUGAACUCAAGACAGACAACCCAGGGGAUCUCGGAUCCCCCGAGUACCCCCGUAGUUCGAACGGAGAAAGGAACCCAUUUUAUGGGCAAAUCCUCUUUCCUGAACUCCUGGGGCAAAAUCUGAGCAGUGAUCAUGGACGAACAGGAGGUUUUGAACUCGAUCAUGCAGGACCUGGCUGAACUGCAACGCUCCAGCCGGUCAGCCAUGCCUGAUCUGGGAAAACCCAAAGCCUCGUCCCCCAAGAACCAGAAUGACGUUCGGGUGAAGUUUGAGUACAGAGGAGAGAAGAGGAUCCUGCAGUUUCCUCGACCUCUCAGGUUGGACGAUCUGAGUGCCAAAGCUAAAGUGGCGUUUGGUCAAACGAUGGACCUGCACUACACCAAUAACGAGCUGGUGAUUCCUCUGCGCACCCAGGAUGAUCUGGAUAAAGCCGUUGAGCUGCUGGAUCGCUCCGUCCACAUGAAGAGUCUCAAGAUACUGCUGGUGCUUCCAGCAUCUUCUCAGAACUCCCUCUCCGGUAUGAAUAUGUUGCUGACUCACGAGCAUCUGGACAACACGGACAGGAAGAACAUGCUGGCCCUGAUAGGAUCUCAAUCGACAGACCGCAGCUCUCCUCCUCCAGGCUACAUCCCUGAUGCUCUGCAGCAGGUGGCCAGAAACGGCUCGUUCACCAGCAUCAACAGCGAGGGAGAGUUCAUACCUGAGAGCAUGGACCAGAUGCUGGAUCCACUGUCCAUGAGCAGCCCGGAGAAUUCAGCCUCAGGCAGUUGUCCUUCAUUGGAUAGCCCUCUCGACAGUGAUAGUUAUCCUAAAUCCCGCAUGCCCCGAGCUCAGAGUUACCCAGACAACCAUCAGGACUUUCCAGAAUGUGACAUUCCAGUGUUUGAGAAGUCAGGGAAAGGCGGUACAUAUCCACGGAGGUACCCAAUCCCCUUUGGUCUGCAGGACUACAGUGAUGGCCGCAAGACUUUUCCACGAGCACGGCGAACACAGGGCCACGGAUUCCGCUCACCUAUGAGUUUCAGCCCGACGGACCAGAGCCCGAGCACCAGCAGCGGCAGCAGCAUCUUCUCACCGGAGCUGGAAGAGCCGGGUCGUCGCCGCCGUGGCAGUGACAUCGAGCCCAACCCCAGCACCAACCCAACACUCUCCGUCAUGGACAUCAGCCCACCCAGUCGCUCUCCUCGUGCCCCCACAAACUGGCGCCUGGGAAAGCUGCUGGGUCAGGGAGGAUUUGGUCGCGUCUUCCUCUGUUAUGAUGCUGACACGGGCAGAGAACUCGCCGUCAAACAGGUCCAGUUCGACCCGGACAGCCCAGAGACCAGCAAGGAGGUGAGUGCGUUGGAGUGCGAGAUCCAACUCCUGAAGAAUCUUUUUCAUGAACGUAUCGUCCAGUACUACGGCUGCCUGCGGGACACGCAUGAAAGAACUCUCUCGAUCUUCAUGGAGUACAUGCCUGGGGGAUCAAUUAAAGACCAACUCAAGUCUUAUGGCGCACUGACAGAAAAUGUCACGCGCAAAUACACAAGGCAGAUCUUGGAAGGAGUGUGUUAUCUGCACAGCAACAUGAUUGUACACAGAGAUAUCAAAGGUGCCAACAUCUUGAGAGAUUCAGCCGGGAAUGUGAAGCUAGGUGACUUCGGGGCAAGCCGUCGGCUGCAGACUAUCUGUCUGUCAGGAACGGGUAUAAAGUCAGUGACAGGAACACCAUACUGGAUGAGCCCAGAGGUCAUUAGUGGAGAGGGCUAUGGAAGGAAAGCUGAUAUAUGGAGUAUUGGCUGCACCGUAGUUGAAAUGCUAACCCAGCGGCCUCCUUGGGCGGAGUUCGAGGCGAUGGCAGCCAUCUUCAAAAUCGCCACGCAACCAACCAACCCUACGCUCCCAGCUCAUGUAUCUGACCACUGCCGUGACUUCCUUAAACGCAUUUUUGUGGAAACAAAACAACGGCCGGCUGCUGAGGACUUAUUACGGCAUUUUUUUGUUCACUAACCCCUCCCCUGCUCUCAAUCACUGAACGAUUAGUGACGACCCUUAGCGUCUGCCCUUUUCUACACUUCACCCGGCCUGCUCUAGGGCGCUUCCAUUGGAUUAGAGAGAAUGGGGGUGUGGCUCAGCAGAAAGGGGAUUAAUGCCUCUUUUGGUGGAGGAUAGCAUUGGGGAGCAGCUUGAUUCUGUAUGAAAACAUUGCACCUUAAUGUCACUCAGGGGUAAGUACCCCUAAAGACUAAUUGAGUUUUGUUAUUGUAGUUUUUUUUUUUUUUUUCUUUUGAGUUCUGCGAAUUUGGACUUGGAAACUCAGCUCCAGGGAGUCUUGUCAGCUUCUAGGCUCAUGGGAUGAAUCUGAGAGGGUAUCUCGUUCCAACACGACCCAGAAUGUACUGUCAAGCCCAGGAGAGGGCUGGUGUGCCAUCAAGCUGCUAAAAACAAAAGGCAAAUCUAAGGAAAGCAAAUCUGACCACAGGGUGUUGGGACCGCCAGCAUUACUCCUCUCAAAGUUCUCAUUCUCUUGCACAGUUCGUACACACCAGACACCUUCACACUUUCAUCAACAUCUAUACUGUAGAUUUUAUCACUCACUAUGCUGUACAAAUGUAAGGUGGGUUUUUUGUUUGUUAAUUUGUUUUUUUUGGCUGCAUCUCCGUCUCCUCCUCUGUGUUCAUGGUUUAGCAGAAUGCCACUAUUUUUGAGCUGUAGGGUCAAGCAGGAUUGUGAUUUUAAUUUGUUUCACUCCAUCAGUGUUGCUUUUGCAUUGUGCCUUUUAGGUUUGUGGAAACAGUUUUGUGUGUCCGUGUUCAAAUCUCGAGAAGUCUUCUCGUGCUCUUAUUCUCUGCUUCAUUAACAAACUGACUCCAGGUCAGUUCUUUAAGCACUCUUUUUGCCUUCCUGUAACUCAGUGCCGUAAUCUUUGAAAUGCAUUCGUUCUUAAAAGCCAAAACCCUAGAAAACACGUGUUGGGGUUGAUGCCUAGUGACUAGAAUCAUGACUUAAAGGAAAAAUCCACCCUGAAUGACUUGCAUAUUAAUCUUUUAACACCUCUUCAGUGGUAUUUAAUAAUGACUUUAAAGUGCAUAUCACGGGUAAAUUCAGGCGCGAGAUCAAUGUAAUUCUCCUAUUUUAUACAGUAAGCCCUCAGUAUUCGCGGGGGUUAGGGACCGAACAUGGCCGCGAAUAAGCCAAAAUCGCGAAUACUUGUAAACCCCCCCCGUAGUGACGAGCCACCGCCGCAAGAGUCUUCCCUUCCUUUAGCAUAUCAAGAAGUCCUACCUUCUCCUGCAGCAUCAUUACCUUCUUCUGGCGCUUAGGUUCCUUGGCAGGAGCCUUAGAAGACGCAGAGCGUUUAGGAGCCAUUGUAGGGCGUAAAAAUUAUUCAAAAAUACCAAGAACGAACAACACGUGAACAAGUCUGAACUACGGGAACCGCGAGACUGUACUGUACAAUGCGCUCAUUCGUAUCAACCAAUGAGCAGCAGCCCGCCAUUCAAACUUCAGCCAGUAGCGAGCAAGCAUUCGGCUCCGAGAAUGUAGCAGUGCGUAAACGUUCACAGUGCGUAAACGUUCGGUAUGUUCGCCGCAAAUGACCCCGAAUCGCUUAGAUUUCCGCGAAUGUAUCGGAGAUAUGUUCUAUAUAAAAUCCCGCGAAUAUGUGAAUUCGCGAAUACUGAUAGGCGGGGGUCUACUGUAUUAAACUUUGGUCAAAUAUCGGUCACAUUUUGUGCAAUGUAUUUACCUUGCGCAAUACCCAAAAAAUUCAGUUGAAAUCAAGCCAUUUGAGGCGAAUUGGUCCGACUCUGAAAAAACUCGGCGUUUGGAUUUCCCGGCAAACAUUGAUUUUUGUGACGUCGCGUGCGGGACGCCUCCUUCUGAAUCCUACGUCAGCGCUGGUUUGUUUGAGAAAACGACCUGGUGGUUUUCUGCAAAUUUCUUCAACGUUAUCAUGUAAUUAUUGAAAUGGUUAACAGAUGUAUCGUAGGAGGGUGUAGCAACACCAGUCUUGAUGGGAUUAGUACUCAUCGUUUUCCAAAAGACCAGACAACCAGAGAGAAACGGGAGCGCUUGGUCUACACAGGCUGUGCACUGAAACCGUGCAAGCUCUCGCAGCCUGCUGGCGCUUCCGCAGAUAACGUCACAAAUCUGGCUUCAGACUCACUUGGGAUUUUUCCAGACGCGUUUUGUUUUUAUUUUUGUUUUUUUCUGCUGUAGACAGAUGGCUUUGUGCAAAAUUACCCUUCUGGAUGAGUGUGUAAAGGGACAUACUUUCUAUAAAAAAACAAAAUUGGUCCAGAAUAUGCACUUUAAUGUGCGUUUCUUUUUUUUUCAUUUCAUUCACAUGACUGUCUAUUUUCACUUAACGUUACUCGUAGUGUCCAUUGACUACCUGCUAAUGGUGGUGCCACUGGGAUUUAGCCCUAGUGUCAUCUAAGCCUAAAGAGAACAAUGCAGCAGCGCUUUCGUCCUUUCGUCUGUCCGGCUCUUUCACUUCCACAUCCAUAGGCUAUGCUCAGACAGAUCAGCUUCCAAAGCUUCAGCUUUCAUCACCAUCGGCUUGUAGAUCGCUAACUAACUAACUGCUGCUGAAACUCGGCACACCUGAGUCGUAUUAUAGCUGCAUUGCAUUCUGUGGCUUUGUUUCAAGCAUCUGCACUUAAUUUGCAUUGGGAUUCUCAUUCAUAUGGGAACGGUUCAAGAGAGAAAAAGCUCUUGCUCUUUACUAAGGUGGUGUUUACAUUAGACCGUAUCCGUAUCGUUUUCGUUGCGGAUGCACUGUCCGUGCACAUUAAAACGCCGGGAAACGACUCCACAGGCGGAACAAUUUGAAUCCGCCAGGGCCCACGUAUUCAACCCAGUACGUAUCUGAUCCGGUGCUGUGUAAACAUUGAGGAACGAGGAUACGCAGUGCUGAGCUCUAGCUGACGUCAUCGUUGGACAACGUCACUGUGACAUCCACCUUCCUGAUUUGCUGGCGUUGGUCAUGUGACGCGACUGCUGAAAAACGGCGCGGACUUCACUUCCUGCUAUUCGUGUGUGUACGCGAAUCGUUUUAAAAACGUUAAUCUGAUGAUCCACUGAUUCGAAAUGAUGUAAACAGGGCCUAAAUGUCUCCCUAUGACGUCAGAGCGAUACAUAAUCGCUGUCUGCUCUCAUAGGGAUAACAAAAAUACAGCACCAGUAUGCAAAUUGGUGCACCAGAGUAUUUUAAACACACCACAUAUAUUUCAACAGAAACGUAUAUAAUGUGUUUCAGAGUGGAGUUUUCCUUUAACAGCAGGAUGAAUGUUAUUUAUUGGAGAUGGAUGAUUGACCUAGCAGAAAUCUAUAGUAGUAUUAUUAAUUUUUUUAAAACGGUACCAUAAGAUAUGAAGAAAAAAUGAUUUUAUUCAUGAUUUGAUUUCAGUGUCUUCUCCUCCCCCCCAAAAAAAAAAAAAAAUUAUAAAACAGACCUCGGAACACCCAAUAUGAAUUCAAGUUCUCAUGAAUGCUCAACAGUACUUGACCAUAUUUGGAAUUUUUUUUUUAAACUGAAACUGACCUCACUAUCCCACAAAAGUCUUGACAUGGGUGGGGUGUGGUGGUGGGGUUUUUUUUUUUUUUUUUUUUGGUGGCGGGUAAUUCACAUAUCGUGUCAUUCUCUUUGGUACCUUUUUAUGUCCUGGGGCUUGGUCCACAGCUCUUUGGUGUCGGAUUUUUUUUUUUUAAAGCGGUUAUGACACCAUUGAAUUUUCCUAAUGAGCACAUCCUUUUAAAAGUACUAAAUCAAAUUUAUGUAAUGCAGUGAUGUUUUGCCCGUGUGCCCUCCAUUGACGGAAACCAGUGGCCAUGUUUAUGUGCAGACAUUUUCACCAACCUAAACAAAUUAGUUAUUUAAAUACCUUAAAUUCAGAAGUCUGUUAAAUUUCCCUGUACAUGUAGUAUAUAGUGUGCAAUCCCAGCUAAAUUUAUUGUUAUUCUUAUAACAAUGAGAACGUUUUUAAGUUUUGACCGUGUAAUGUUUUCCCAUGUGCUGUGAAGAUUUUAGUCACAUUAAUAUUUGCAUGUAAACAUGGCUGUUAAUCGAUAGGCCAUUUUCCCCCCCUUAUAUAUGGCGUGUGUGUGUAUAAACCCAACAAACCUGGACUUUAAUGAGAAUGCACAUUAGGUACUUGGAUUUUAACAGGAAGAGUUGUUUAACUGUUAGUAACAUCUGGAAGCUGAACCUGAUGGGUUGCAUAAAAAGCUGCUGGAUUUCUGGUCGUGUUUUUUAGAUUUGUUAAAAAUUUAAAUGGCAGAUGUGUAUCAGACACGCUCUGUUUAGUCGUUCAUGGUGAAGUAAGGGUACGUGUUUGCUUGCCAAUCUUCCAGUAGUGGUUUAUUGAGUAUAAAGCAGUACUGUAGAGCAUCACCUCAAAGUAGUUAAUACUUAGCCUGAUGAAAACAUGGCAUCAGCUUGGCACUAGGCUGUUUUUUUUUUUGUGUGUGUGUUUCGAAAGGUUUUUUUAAUGAAUUCAAAAGCUGUACAAACUCUGCUUGUAGUAGUUUUGAUUUUCCACUGGCACUGUAUAGUGUGGAUCAGAAUGGUGCCAUGUAAAUGGCUUAGUAUUGACAAGAACCACAAGAAAAGAAAUGAGAGAAGCCUCUAGUCUGGUGCUUUAAAAAAAAAAAAAAGCCUCUCGAGAGCCGUUAAGGAUUAAGAUGCAACCGUUUCACUCCAAAUGAUGUUUACAAGUUUUUGUACUCCAGAUUCUUCUGUUUACUGUUAUACUCAGAGAGCCUGUUAGGUUGUUCAAAUUCAUUAAUUACGUAGACCCCCUCAGUCGGGUUAAUAUAAUAUCAGGUACGAGCCAGACCCAAGCCCAACCCUUCCAAUCAGUAAUUAUUGGUACGUCCCAGUUCUCUGAGCCAAAAGCACUUUUUUUUUUUAAAUUGCUAUAUUGUGUUCUAUGUUGUGCUUGGCCGUAUAUCUCAAAGUCAAAAGGUCAGAAUUUGAAAGUACUCCUGUUUUAGUUUGAAGGUUCAAUUGAAACAGUUUCAUGUUUUCUGUUUGAAUUAACUCCAUCUGAAAUGCAAAGAAAGCAUUAUGCAGUCAGUGUCUGUUAGCGUACUCGGUGUGCAGGCGUUUGUAAGGUAUGUACAAAAGUACAAUCGUCUGUCUUUUUGAUCUUGAAAUUUUUGCACAUUUUUGAGACCAUAAUUUGUACACUGAUUUUAAUACUUUUGCUGGUGUGUGUGUGUGAGAAAGUGUGUGAAUGCUUUUGAUUGUAUGUCGAAACAGAACAGUCUGGAUUCUCUGACAGUGUGGUAAGACGAGCCUAGUUCAUGCAGGAACGCAACUGGUCAUGUGUUUGCUUGUACUUCUGCGUUCUUGUGCGUCUUGUUGAAAUGCAGCCUGCAGGAUUUCACAAGCUACCGCCAGGAUGAUGAAUAUAUUCCACCUUAGACACUUGAACACCUUAUCCCAAAACACCGUCUUGGCUUCACUUAACUAACAGGACAGGCUUUCUAAUGAUGUUUGUUGUGCCACUGCUGCCACUCCUGAAUGCACUUUGUGUGUGUGUGUGUGUGAGAGAGAGAGAGACCUUUUUUCUGAUUUGAGUAUUGCCAGUGAAAAGGGCACUGUGCUCAAUGCCUUGCGCUUUUGAUUACACAACUGAAAAGAAAAAUAAAUAAAAUGAACCAAAAGGGGGAAAAAAAACAACCAAAAAAAUUAUUUAAAAAAAAAAAAGGAUUUUCUCUUUUUUGACAGAGCUCACUUAUCUGACUCAAAACUCUCUUGUCUGCUUUGUCUAUGGUACGAGAAAGCCAUGUUUAUAAUUCAAUUUGGUUUGUGACCAAUAAGCCUGUUUAUAUCAAAUCUGUAUAUCAGUGCUACGCAUAUUUUUUAUAUAUAUAUUAUUUUUUUCUUUUUCUAAAACAAGAUUAUAUGCAUGAUAGGCAUUCGAAUAGCCCAAUGAGGAGGUGACCUGCUAUGAAAGCAGAGCUGAUUGGACAGUUUGCUGGACAUCAUGAGAUUGCCUGUAAACGGCUGGCACUUUGUAUAGUGUUGCUAAUAAUAAUGAUGAUGAUGAUGAUUAUGAUGAAAAUAAUAAAAAAAGAUAUUUAUUUCA